AUGGUAUUCACUCCUUCGGAGAUUGAUCUCAAGUCAAUUGCUACCAUCCGCACCCUAGCAGCUGAUGUGGUAGCCAACGCUAAGUCCGGCCACCCUGGCGCGCCCAUGGGUCUGGCUCCUCUGGCGCAUCUGUUGUGGAGCCGCAUCAUGGUCGCCGACCCUAAGGAAUCACACUGGAUCAACCGCGACCGCUUCGUCCUCUCGAAUGGCCAUGCAUGUGCGUUGCAGUACAUCAUGCUGCAUCUCAUGGGUUACGACCUGACGAUGGAUGACCUGAAGGCUUUCCGUCAGCUCGACUCGCGCACGCCCGGCCAUCCAGAGGUUCACCACACCGACGGCGUCGAGGUGACGACCGGUCCCCUCGGCCAGGGCUUUGCAAAUGCCGUUGGUCUCGCGAUCGCACAGGCUAACGCCGCUGGCACGUACAACAAGGACAACUUCGAUUUGUUCACAAACCGGACGUAUGUGUUCCUCGGCGAUGGAUGUAUGCAGGAAGGUGUGGCCUCUGAAGCUGCCUCGCUUGCCGGGCAUCUACGUCUGCACAACUUGAUUGCGUUCUUUGACGACAACCAUGUUUCCAUUGAUGGUGAUACCAAGUGUUCGUUCACAGAAGACGUACCUAAACGUUUUGAGUCAUACGGAUGGAACGUCCUUGUCGUGGACAAUGGUGACAGCGAUCUGCAAGCUUUGUACGACGCUGUCGUCAAGGCAUGGGACGAGAAGACCAAGCCGACACUUGUGUGUGUGCGGACGACGAUUGGUUUCGGCUCGGUGAAUCAAGGCAAGGCCAGCACGCAUGGCUCGCCGCUGAAAGAUGACGAUAUUGCACAGUUGAAGCAAAAGUUUGGCUUCAACCCCGACGAGAAGUUUGUGGUGCCUGACGAUGUGCGUGCCGCAUACAAGUCGUACGCUGAACAGGGUGCUGCCAAGCGUGCUGAAUGGGAGAAGAUGUUUGAAGAGUACGGUCGUAAGUACGAGAAUGAACACAAGGAGAUCUGCCGCCGUAUCGCACACAAGCUGCCUGAGGGCUGGGACCAGGUGCUCCCUCGUUACGAACCGAGCGACAAGCCCAUGGCCACUCGUAAGCUCUCGGAGUUGGCCAUCACCAAGCUCGCUAGUGUUCUACCAGAGAUGCUCGGUGGCUCUGCGGACUUGACUGGCUCGAACCUGACUCGCUGGAGCGAUGCAACGGACUUCCAGAACCCGAGUCUAGAAAUUGGCAAGUACAGUGGCCGCUACAUUCGCUAUGGUGUGCGUGAACAUGCCAUGGGUGCUAUAAUGAACGGUUUGUGCGCCUACGGCAUGCACAUCCCUACUGCUGGCACGUUCCUAAACUUUGUGACGUAUGGUUGGGGCGCUGUGCGUCUGUCAUCGCUGUCGAACUUCCAGGUCAUCUGGGUUGCGACGCACGACUCCAUUGGCCUUGGAGAGGAUGGUCCAACGCAUCAGCCUAUUGAAGUUGCAGCUGCGCUGCGCGCCCUGCCUAACAUGGACUUCUGGCGCCCGGCUGAUGGCAAUGAGGUUUCGGCUGCUUACAAGGUGGCCAUCGAGAGCUACAAGACACCUUCAGUUGUGUCGCUUACACGUCAAAAUCUGCCACAGCUUGAGGGCUCGUCAAUGGAGAAGGCUGAAAAGGGUGGCUACGUUCUGCUCGAGGACAAGGAAGCUGCCAUCACGCUUGUAUCGACAGGCUCCGAGGUCUCAAUUUGUGUGGAUGCCGUUGCCAAGCUUGCUGAGAAAGGCAUCAAGGCGCGUGUCGUCUCGAUUCCUUGCUUCCGCGUGUUUGACCUGCAGCCUUACGACUAUCGCAUUUCCGUUCUGCCGUCUGGCCACCCGAUCCUAUCGGUUGAAGCGUAUAGCACAUUUGGAUGGGGUGUAUACUCGCACGUGCACCACGGUAUCAACCGCUUCGGUGUGUCGGCUCCAUACCAGAAGGCGUACGAAAAGUUCCAACUCACUGACCAUGACAUUGCAGACAAGGCUGUCAAGGUUGUCGAGUACUACAAGUCGAUGGGUCAUAUUCACUCGCCUAUUGCAGUGCAGGCUGCCUUUGAACUGCAGAAGUAA